AUUGACAUGUUAUUGACAUACUGCACCUCCCCCAACUACCAAACAAAAUAUUAAGCAAUUAUUUUUUAAAAAAAUUAAAUACUAAUGCCAGAUUAAUUUAUAUAUUUAAAAAACAACAACAAAAUGACUUCCGAAAGUGACGAGUUUAUAAUUGAAGAUUCCGAUGAAUCUUUGCUAGAUAUUAAGGAGAUUAACGAUUUAGACUUUGAUAUUCCCGAAGUGGCUCCACCGUCUUUGGAAAAAGUUCUCUGGGAUAUGGAGUCUGAAGAAGGAAGUGAUACAGUUUCUCUUCAUUCUUUUCAAAGUAUGACAACAAGAUUCCGUUCUAUGAUGUCACAUUGUGUUUUACAAGGUGUUUCUACACAAGUUUCUUCGGCUCUAGAAAGAGUAAAUGCUGGUCUACCAACAGUAAUAACAAAUAGUUUAAAGUUUGUAGCAAUCGGAACAUCUCACGGUUAUAUUUUGGUAUUUGAUUCAGAGCAAAAUUUAUGUUGGUGCUACCACGAUGUUAUUAUGUUAGAUCAAGGUGCAGUAUCAGCUUUAGCUUUUAAUUUGGAAAGUACUAGAAUAUUAGUAGGAUAUGAAAGGGGGUUUAUUUCAAUGUUAGAUGCUAAAACUGGGGAUCUUGUUCGAAAGUUGCCAGAUGCCCAUGCUCCUCAAACAGCAGUUUUACAUUUAAGAUUCACAUUUUUAAGUAACUUUGCUUUAUGUGGAGAUUCAUCUGGUUGUGUUUUUUCGUUAGGAUUUGGCAGAAGACUAGGGGUAAGAACAUGGGAUUCAAAAUGUUUAUUUUCUGGUGCUAGAGGUGAAGUUUGUGUAUUUGAACCUCUCAUACAAGGACAUGAUAUUAAUUUUCUAAGCAGACACAUUUUAGUUGCGAUGGCCACACUGUCCAAAGUUAUUGUAAUAUCAGUGCGUCCCCGUUUAAAAGUGCAUUUUAGUCAACAGCUGCCCAAAAUAUCCACAUCUUUACCUUUAAUCUCAUGGCAAUUAGUUUCAAUAGGAAAAGCUUUCCAACCAGUAUUGGCAUGGGGUAGAGGAAAUUGCUUGCAUUACACCAGGUUAAUAACAAACUUUAGUUCGAAUAGCAAUAACAGAAUUAGGUUGAUGCCUUUAAGAAAUGUUCAGUUGCCUUAUACUUUAACUGCCUUACAUUGGCUAGGUACCAGACAUUUAGCAUUAUUGGAUACCAAUGAAAACUUACGGCUAAUAGAAGUGCGAACGCAAAGAGAAUUGGAGUUGUUGGAACUUUCCAAUGCUGGGCUGGUGUAUAAUUCGGCACAUUUUAAAGCAUUGGCCGUUGGAGGAGGAGUUAGCGAGGCAUUUGCCCUAGCUGGCGAAAGAGCAUGCUACAACAGUUUAAGCAGUAGAGGUACACAGCUGCUGGUUUUAGGUACAAAAGCAGUGCAUAUGGUUAAGUUACGUACCUGGCCAGAAAGAAUAUUUUAUUUGAGCGAUCAAGGUAGAUGGUCAGAAGCCCUUAAUUUAGCAACAGAAGAAGGUUUAAAUAAAGAGAGUUUUACUUUGGAAUUAUUAAGGAGAUAUUUAGAAAGUUUAAACCAAAACACCGUAGAUAAAGACAGCUUAACUGCAGCUAUAAAUUGUUGUGUCAGACUAGAAAAAAUUGAUAUUCUUUGCGACGAUCUUUUGGAAGCUGUUUCAAUAGAUCCUAAUAAUUUGGACUGGUACUAUACGCUUUUAACGGACCACAUUUGUAAUGGAGGCUUGAAAAUAUUAUGGCCUUCUGUUUGCCAAACACUGGUCACAAAUUUAGAACAUAAAGAUCCGCAAUUAUUGGAGAGUGUUUUGCUUUCGUUAGAUAUAAGUUGUUUAGAUUUACAUCAAGUUUUAACAGUGUGUAAAAGACUGAAACUUUACAAUGCUUGGAUUCAUAUCACUACGAAAACUUUGGGGGAUUAUGCUGGUCCAUUAAUUGAGUUUUUAUGUGAAUUAACGCCUGAUAACAAUAGAUUGGGCAAUACUAUGUUGGUGUAUGUUUCUUCUUGUCUAGCGGGUUUAGGGUAUCCGACAGGAACGAUACCAGAAAACGACAUUCCAAGAGUUAAGUACGACGUCUUGAGGUGUUUGGAGACGUUACAUUCCGUUAAUGGGAAAUCAGAUGAAGGAAGCUACCCCUAUUUACGCGCUUUGUUAAGAUAUAAUACGAGGGAGUGCCUGAAUGUUGUAGAAUUAGCAUUUACCGAAGCAGAAUUUUCUGGCGAAAUGGGGUUAUUGCAACGACAAAGACUGAUUUGUAUUUUGUUGGAAAUUGUAUCUCCUCCCGAAUUUACCGACAACCAAAUAAUAAACCUGGCUUGUUUCAUUUCCCGCUUGGUAAUCUCUAAUAAUCUCACUAUCGACGAAGCCAUGCUAAAUUCGGUUAUAAAAUCACUAACUGACGUCUCGAGAGAUACUCUAAGCCUGCGAGACCACGCGGAAAAAGAACAAGCCUGGAUAGAUUUACUGGAAGCGAACAAGCUGAGCCAUUUCGACAAGGACGAGCUCCUAAGAAUGGCUUUGAAAUCAAAAUGUUACCGAGUGGCGGAACGGAUGUACGUUCUACAAAAAGAUUACGGCAAUAUAUUACAGUGCUAUUUGAACGAUACCGUGAGAAGAAACGAAGUUUUUAACUAUAUUAUAAGUUAUAUCGAUGUGCCUGAAAGAUGUGUCGCCGAACAGUUUCUAGUGCAUUUUAAAGACUUGUUAGCAAUAAAUUGUGAGAACACCGUCGAUUCGGUAAUAGAAUACUUCCCGGACAAAUUAGAGACGUUUUGCGAAAUAGUAGAUAGUGAAAACGAACUGCGGUUUAGUUUUUUAAAAGGACUGGUUUCAAACGACGUCAAAUUACCAUACAGUAUAGCCGAACAUUAUUUGGAGGAAGUUUGUAUAAGGGACAAGAGCGAUGCUUGUGAUUUUGUAUCAACGAAUAUGUGCAGGAUAGAGGAGGCCUUAAUAAUUACUAGGAAAUAUGAGGCGAAUUCAGCCACAGCCUUACUUCUAGAACAAUCCGGUGAAUGGAUGGAAGCCCUGAACAUCUUGAUAGUCAACGAUUUAAUAGACGAAGCGGUAGCAUUAUGUAUAAGAGGCGCCGAGCACAUAGAUCCAGAAGGAGCGCAAAAGUUAUGGCUUACAUUAUUGCAAAGCAAGCGGAGUGUAAAGAAGACUUCUUUGAGACAGUUACUGCACGCGGCAGCACCUCAUGUACCACCAAGCCAACUUCUGGAUUUAGUUUCGAACGCUCAUUAUGGCGAUAUAAAACAGCUGGUCCAGGGCAUGUUGAACGAUUACAAGCACGAUAUCGAUCUCCUGAAAGCAAGUUUCAAGGUUCUGGAUACAGAUCUUCAUAGCGAACUGGCAAAGAAAUUACACGCAAAUGGAAAGGGAGUUUCUGUGUCAAACUUGACAUGUAACCUAUGUCAAAAAUCUCUGUCCUAUAGAAAAGAACUGCAAACGAGUUUAAGCAUACACGUGUGGAGUUGUGGACAUUGUUUUCACACAAACUGUGUUAGAGCGAGUGAAUCAAAUGAUGCUUGUUUAAUAUGUAGGACAAAAGCUAAACUUUAUCCCAAGGCUAAAAAAGAUUCAAACAAAAAUCAGUACAGGGGUAGGAGCAUAUUGAGACCUGAUCUAGAAGGACAUUUUUAACACAUUUUCAUUAUUUUUUUUUAUUUAAGCUUAAAUAUUUUUAGAUAUAUUAUACUAGUCAUUUGGUAUUAUUUAACACCUCAAACAAUUUUUUUUUCUGCAAAUAAAGUUAUAGUUAUAUUUCAGGCUGUCUUUACAUAAUGAACUGAUAUAUUAAGUAAUUAUUUGUUAAAUUGUGAUAUUAUAUUUUCUACUGUUCAUAGAAAGAUAUUUGUGUUAUCGAUAAGAGAAUAUUAUUUAUUGAAAAUAAACAAAGAGAAAGCUUUA